ACCCUUCAGAGCGAAGCAAAAUGUCAGCGGGAUGACGUUGUUGCUGGCGUAGAGCUGCAGUUUGAUGGCUCCUACUAAAUGAAUGCAGUGGGAAUGGACGAGCAAGACACACUGCUGGUCAGACAGUGCGCACUGACUGCUGACCUCCGCACACAGCAUCACUUUAUCAGGAUUUCUUAUCUCGUUUUUACUGCAGGGGAUUUCUUCCUGUUUGUUUGUUUUUUUCUUUACAGGGAUACGUGUUGGGUGGCCUCUCUAACUGUAUUCUUUAUUGUAGGAAACGAGUGAGGACACAGCAUGCUGUCGUCCCUGAAGACCCUGCUGCUGCUCUCGGUCUUGUGCACGCCGACCUCCAGCCUGUGCCUCCGCUCAGACCUCCUGUGCGGGGACCAGAUGGCAAUCGGGGUCCGGAGCGACGAGGACGAGCCGGGUUACUCCCCCAUGGACGGCUGGGGGUCCCUCCUGCAGUCCGCGGAGUAUCUCACUUCUUCUUCUUCUUCUUCUACUUCUUCAUCGGCCGAAUCCAGCCGGGAAAAAAGGACUUCAAGUCCCGCGAACUAUCGCUUCAUGAGCCGGACGAAGCUCAGAGGGCAGAUGCUCCGCAACAGCAACAAGGGGGACCGGAGGAGCAGGCUGACCCUGUCCCUGGACGUCCCGACCAACAUCAUGAACGUCCUCUUUGAUGUGGCCAAAGCCAAACACCUGCGAGCGAAGGCGGCGGAGAACGCGCGUCUGUUGGCUCAGAUCGGACGGAGAAAGUGAACAUGUUGGACAACUUCCAUCUAACAGCCAUGACCAGUGUUGGCCUCCUCGUUACUCAAAUGUAAUGAAUUACUAUUAUUCACUUUUAGAGUAAUGCUGUUGGUUUGUACCUUCAGGGGGAAAUUAUUUUCUUUCCACUCACAUUACAGGUAAAAGAAGCAUUUCUAAUAUAAUUGAGUUGCUCUCAUGUGAAAAGUCUGUGGAAAGUCGAUUAUUUUUAU